ACCUGGAACACAGUGUUUCACUUGAGGACCAGUGGGCUCGGGAGAAGAAUGUUCCUCCAGUGGCUUUUGCUGCUGAGCCUGGCAGCAGCUGCUCUUUCUCUGUCACCUGUUGAGCAGGAAGCCACAGCAUUCUUGAAAGAAUUUGACACAAAGUCUCAAGAUCUGGUUUACAAGAGCUCACUGGCCUCAUGGGAAUAUAACACCAACAUCACGGAUGAAAACAUAGACAAAAUGAACGAGGAAAGUGCAAAGUGGUCUGCUUUCUAUCAGCAAGCCUCUGAUGACUCCAGCAAGUUUAACAUCAAUGAAAUAAGCGACAACAUAAUUAAAUUGCAGCUUAAUUCACUCCAAGACAAAGGAUCUGGGGUUUUGUCCAAAGAAGAGCAAGACCAUCUGAACGAAGUUCAGAAUGAGAUGAGCAAAAUCUACAGCACGGGAACAGUUUGCAAACCAAAUAAUCCAUCAGAUUGCCUGGGUCUCGAGCCAGGACUGACCAUUUUGUUGGCCGAAAGCAAGGAUUACAAUGAGAGGCUGUGGGCCUGGGAAGGCUGGAGACAUAAUGUGGGGAAGGCGCUUAGACCACUUUACGAAGAUUAUGCAGAUCUGAAGAAUAAGGCAGCAAAGCUGAAUGGUUAUCAAGACUAUGGGGAUUACUGGCGGGGAAAUUAUGAGACGAAAGACAUAGGCGAAUAUGCAUACAGUCGAGACGAUCUUGUGAAAGAUGUGGAAAGCCUGUUUGAAGAGGUGAAGCCUCUGUAUAGAGAACUCCAUGCCUAUGUGAGAGCAAAACUGAUGGAAACUUUUGGAUCAGAACAUAUCAGCCGGACUGGAGGCCUGCCUGCUCAUUUACUGGGUGACAUGUGGGGAAGGUUUUGGGCAAACCUGUAUCCUUGGUCAAUUCCGUAUCCGUCAGAGGAAGACAUCGAUGUGACACAAGCAAUGGUAGAACAGGGCUGGACUGCAAAAAGAAUGUUUGAAUCAGCAGAUAAAUUCUUUCAGUCUGUGGGCCUUCAGCCGAUGAAUGACAAUUUUUGGAAAAAUUCCAUGAUUGAGUUACCCACCGAUGGACGCAAAGUUGUCUGUCAUCCAACAGCGUGGGACAUGGGGAAUAGGGUUGAUUUCAGGAUUAAAAUGUGCACUAAAAUUAAUAUGGAAGACUUCUUGACCGUACACCAUGAAAUGGGCCAUAUUCAGUAUGACAUGGAGUACGCACACCUUCCUUACUUGUUGCGUGACGGGGCAAAUGAAGGCUUCCAUGAGGGAGUAGGAGAGAUCAUGUCCCUUUCAGCAGCUACUCCAAAGCAUCUCAAAUCACUGGGUCUUCUCCCAGCAUCUUUUAUUGAAACUAGUAAGAUCGAUAUAAAUUUUCUACUGAAGCAGGCCUUAAGUAUUGUUGGCACUCUUCCCUUCACGUUCAUGAUGGAGCAAUGGAGGUGGAAAAUGUUCAGAGGGGAGAUCCCCAAAGAUCAGUGGAUGAAAAAAUUCUGGGAAAUGAAACGGGAAUUUGUUGGUGUUGUCGAACCUGUCCCCCAUGAUGAAACUUACUGUGAUCCUGCUGCUCUGUUCCAUAUUGCUAAUGACUAUUCCUUUAUAAGGUACUAUACCAGGACUAUAUUCCAGUUCCAGUUCCAGGAAGCUCUGUGCCAAGCUGCUGGACACACUGGCCCACUACACAAAUGUGAUAUCACCAACUCCACUAAAGCGGGCACAAAGCUCAGUAACAUGCUUAAACUAGGAAAGUCAAAAUCAUGGACCAGAGCACUUGAAGAAGUAACUGGUCAAACCAGAAUGAAUGCUAGACCUCUUCUGAACUACUUCAAACCCUUGUAUGAGUGGCUGAAGAAAGAUAACCAGGACAAAGGCAGACAUGUUGGUUGGGACCCCACCUGGACUCCAUACGCAGAUAGACACCACGUUGACCUAAUCAGUAAAUCAGAUGAAGAGCAAUUUGACCAGAAGUCUGUCUCAGAAGCUGCAGAGGCAUUCAAAGUACGGAUCAGCUUGAAGACUGCCCUUGGUGAGAAAGCAUAUGAAUGGAAUGCAAACGAAGAAUAUUUUUUCCAAGCAACUGUAGCUUAUUCCAUGAGGAAAUACUGGGCAGAGGUUAAAAGUGAAACUUUAAAUUUUGAGAUAACUCAUGUGCACAUGUCCAAUUCUACUCAAAGGAUUUCAUUUUAUUUUAUUGUUAAGAACCCUAAGGACAACACGACUAUUCCAAAAGCAGACGUGGAGCAAGCCAUCAGGAUGAAUAAACAUCGGUUCAACAGUGCAUUUUUACUGGAUGAUAAAACGCUGGAAUUUGUGGGCAUUCCCCCCACUCUUGCGCCUCAGAGUAAAUCCUCGGUGACAGUCUGGCUCAUCCUGUUUGGAGUGGUCAUGGGCAUGGUUUGCAUCGCGCUAGCUUUGCUGAUUAUUACCGGACAGAGAGCUAAAAAACAGAAGGCGAAGGAAACAGAUGUAUAUGAAAAUCCUAGUUCAAUCGAAGAACCUGAUUUUGACAAAGGGGUAAAGAAUUCAGCUUUUACCAUUGAAGAAUCAUUGAAUAAUACAGCAAUGUAAAAGGAAGUUAUCAAGGCAUUUUUCUGUAACGUAAGACUUUGUGCAAUUCCUUUAGCCUUGUCCUAUUCAAACUCCUUUACUGGAAGAAUUAAAUGAGUUUAAACGUCA